GAUUGACUGACUUGAAGCCAUGGCGACAGCACAGCUCUACUUCCUCGUUCUUGCGCUAGCCAGCACUGUGGCGUUCGGGAGGAAUAUCUCACCGGCAGAGGAAGAUUCGGGCCGGUUGAUAGAUCCCUUUGUCCCCGGAGACUAUCCAAUCAAUCACACCGCUUACCGCCAAGCCUUGAGUCUCUUCCUUGACACCAACAUCGACGUCUACGCCCCGAACGCAACGGGCAACUUCCCCGUGUUUUAUUUCACCACCGGAUUUGGAGGUAUUGUUCCUGCCGAGGCGCACACGCAACUCUUUUCCCAGAUCGCCAGCCACGGAGUUGUUCUCGUCGCUGUGUGGAAAAUAGGCAGUCCCGAGAAUUCAUUCGAUCCCGCUUGGUUGCAAGCAACUGUCGAAUUUGUGGAGAACCGCCUGGAAAAUAGUCUUCACAACCAAGAAGGUUAUGUCUCUGAUUUUCACGUCGACUACCUGAAUUCCUUCAUCGGUGGCCACUCAGCUGGAAAUCAUGUCGCUGUUGCCCAGUUGCAGACGGACUGUUUGCAUUACAAAGGUCUGAUUUUGGUUGAUGCAGUUGAUGGAAAUAAUCCCAUUCCUGAAAACGUUACCAUGUACGUCAUCACUCCCGGCCAAAAGGUCAAUUUCACCAUUCCAACUUUGGAAAUCGUUACCGGACUGGACCCAAUUAUAGGUCCAUACGGAUUGGCAUGCGCUCCGGAAGAGCUUUCGGGCCGGCGCUUCUUCGACGCCAUGAACGGACCGACGUGGUACGUCAACGCAACCGCUUACGGUCACGCUGAUCUGAUGGAUCCAGUCUACGUUGAAUUGAACGAGUUAGCCCAGUUCUGUCCGAACGAUCCUAAUGCUCCCAAACCAGAAUACAUCCAGUUCCUGACCGGAGAAAUCGUCUCUUUCAUCAACGCGGUUCUGGAUCCUGUUGGAAACUGUGCCCUGUUUGACAACCUGGAGAAGAGUGGACUCGUGGGCAUCAACACCUUAAACGAUUUCGCCUCAAACGGAUGGGACAGAUGUACCCCGUCUGAAUGUGUUCUGACGCCCAGUUCUUAUUCCAUGUUUUCCUUUUGGAUUGAAUACAAAGUAAUGAAGACGACACUCUACCUUCUCGUUGGAUUGCUGGCGUCAGCGACCGUGGCUCAUAUCAUUCAUGUGGACGAUGAUGACUUGUCCCGGCUAAUUGAUCCUUUCGUGCCCGGAGACUAUCCAAUCAAUCACACCGCUUACCGCCAAGCGCUGACUCUUUUCCUGGACACCAAUAUUGACGUCUACGCUCCAAAUUCAACCGGAAACUUCCCUGUAUUUUAUUUCAUCACCGGAUUCGGAGGCAUUGUACCCGCAGAAGCGCACACACUUCUUCUAUCUCAGAUCGCAAGUCACGGGAUUGUUGUAGUCGCCGUCUGGAAACUUGGCAGUCCCGAGACUUCUUUCGAUCCUGCGUGGUUCGAAGCAACAGUAGAUUUUGUCGAAAAUCGAUUGGAAAACAGUCUCCACAAUCAAGAAGGAUACAUUUCCGAUUUCCACGUUGACUAUCUCCAUUCGUUCAUUGGCGGUCAUUCGGGUGGAUCUCAUGUCGCUGUAGCUCAAUUUCAGACAAAUUGCUUAAACUAUCAAGGUCUGAUCUUGAUUGAUGCUGUUGACGGAAACAGCCCCAUCCCCGAAAACAUUACAAUGUUCGUGAUUACGCCAGGCCAGAAAGUCAAUUUUACUGUGCCAACCUUGCAAAUCGUAACGGGACUGGACCCAGUUAUCGGACCUUACGGAUUGGCAUGCGCUCCGGAAGAGCUUUCGGGCCGGCGCUUCUUCGACGCCAUGACUGGACCGACGUGGUACGUCAACACAACCGCUUACGGUCACGCUGAUUUAAUGGAUCCAGUCUACGUUGAACUGAAUGAGAUUACGCAAUUUUGUCCGAGCGAUCCUUCUGUUCCAAAGGAGGAAUACAUUCAAUUCCUUACGGGCGAAAUCAUCUCUUUCAUAAACGGAGUGUUGGAACCUGUUGAAAAAUGUGCCUUUUUUGAUUAUCUGGAGAUGAGCGGACUUGUUGGCAUCAAUACAGAAAAUGACUAUGUCUCUAACGGCUGGGAGAGAUGCUCGCCGCUCCAGUGCGUCCUUACACCCAGUUAUGAUUUGAUUGAUUGAAAUGUGAAUUAGGCUUUCUGUAAAGAGAAUUCUCUCACU